AUGCUUUAACUUCACUCCUACUCAAAAAUGCAUAAAACCUUACCUCUCUAAAUUUUUUCUACAAUGUCCUCAUCAUUCUGUUGCAUUAUGCACUAAUUCAUUCCCUUUUUUUUUUCUUACUUUUAAGAUUAUUUUUUCACUCCUUUCUUCAUGAUCCCUUCUGGAAUAAUGAAGGUUCAUAGAGGAAAAAUGCCUUUCUCCAUCAUUAUCAUCACAAUUUGUGUUCUUGUUUUCAUAGUUGUUUUGUAUGCUGAGAGACUCAGUUUUAUUUCUUCCAACUCCAUUUUCAAGUUUAAACCUUGUCCAAGAAAGAACACUAAACCAAAUAAACCAAAAUCAAGUGAUAAAAAAGUUGAUGAGGAGAUUGUAAAUACAACAUGGAUUGAUGACAGAUUUGAAUUUGACUCAGAAGAAUGCAACAUUGCCAAUGGAAAAUGGGUUUUUAACCAAUCAAUAAAACCUAUCUACACUGACAUAACUUGUCCAUAUAUAGAUAGACAAUUUUCUUGUAUAAAAAAUGGUAGAAAUGAUUCUGAUUACCAACAUUGGGAAUGGCAGCCAGAAGAUUGUACCUUGCCAAGUUUUAAUCCUAUGUUGGCACUUAAAAAGCUUCAAGGGAAAAGGUUACUAUUUGUAGGGGAUUCACUGCAAAGAAAUCAAUGGGAAUCUUUUAUCUGUUUGGUAGAAUGGAUUAUACCUGAAAAGAAGAAAUCUAUGCAUAGAGGACUUGUUCAUUCAGUCUUCAAAGCUAAGGAAUACAAUGCUACUAUAGAAUUCUAUUGGGCCCCAUAUUUGGUAGAAUCCAACACUGACAUAAAAAUCAUUGGAGAUACAAAGAAAAGGAUAAUUAAAGUUGAUGCUAUUAAAGAGAGAGCAACAAAUUGGACAGGAGUAGAUAUCCUUGUUUUCAAUACCUAUGUUUGGUGGAUGAGUGGUGCUAGGAUUAAAUCAUUAUGGGGUUCAUUUGCUAAUGGACAAGAAGGGUAUGAAGAAUUUGACACACCAGUUGCUUACAAGUUAGCUUUGAAGACUUGGGCUAAUUGGGUUGACUCAACUAUCAAUCCAAACAAAACUAGAGUCUUCUUCACAACAAUGUCACCUACACAUACAAGGAGUCAAGAUUGGGGGAACAUGAAAGAUGAAAAAUGCUUCAAUGAGACAAAACCAGUAAGAAAAAAGAAGCAUUGGGGAACAGGUUCUGAUAAACGAAUAAUGAGUGUGGUAGCAAAAGUUGUGAAGAAAAUGAAAGUUCCAGUUACAUUUAUCAACAUAACACAAAUAUCAGAAUAUAGAAUUGAUGGUCAUUCUUCAGUGUAUACUGAAAAUGGAGGAAAAUUAUUAAGUGAAGAAGAAAGAACUAAUCCACAAAAUGCAGAUUGUAUACAUUGGUGUUUGCCUGGUGUUCCUGAUACUUGGAAUCAAAUAUUUUUGGCAUUGUUGUAACAAAAUGUCUUGCACAAAAAUCUAAUGUUGUUUUUUAUUUUUAUUUUCUUUUAUUUUGACUAUUUUUAUUUUUUUUCUUGUGACAUGAAGAUGUCCAUUCUUUUGUUUGUGUACAUUAAUCUUUUAAUACCAUUUGUGAUAUAUGUAACAAUUUUUUAAUUGCUGAAUGAAGGUUAAUUAUGCUUUUGCCUUUGUAAAACAA